ACUUCCCAAAUAUUAUCUAUGUAUGCAAAAUCUCUAAAUACUAUAAAUUUCGGUGAAGUAUCGUCAAUAAGAUUGUAUAACGUAUGUAUAAGUAAUUUUAAAUCAUAGAUAAAGAUUAAAUUGUUACUUAUAAAUCUUGUGGUGUGGUGACCAUCCUUAUAUUUUUGACGUCUACGUAUGCAAGAAAAAGAAUGACAUCUAUUAUAUCUCUAUAUAAUGAUACAGAGCAAUCGUGCGACGCGAAUCAGUGUCUCCAUGGUGAUGUUUCUUUAACUAUCAGCUUUCGCAUACAUAUUAGAUACUUCCAGAGUCACGUUAUCGUUGACAAUAUUGUUCGUUGAUAUAUUUUACGUAAAUUCCAUAAAUAUAUUGAAAUAAAUGGCGACUGCGAUUAAAGAACGUGUAAUUCCAACAAUAGAUACACUGGUGAAAUAUGAUACUCCGAUUUUAAUUACGACUCAUCCUGAAAAGGUGCGUAAAGAGCCAACUCUGACGAAAGUUAGCGCUUGUAAAGUGCAAACAACAAUUCCAGCCGAUGUACGGCGAGAAACUGUUCAGAUUCUAAACAGAAUUUUACCGCCGAAAGAAUGGGAAGAGGACGGUCAGAUAUGGUCCCAAAGUGUAUCAAGUACUCCUGCAACAAGGCUGGAUGUGAUAAAUUUACAAGAGCAGCUUGAUAUGCGAUUGCAACAGAGACAAGCCAGAGAAACCGGUAUUUGUCCUGUUCGCAGGCAACUCUAUACACAAUGUUUCGAUGAGCUGAUACGACAAGUUACCGUAAAUUGCGCCGAACGUGGAUUGCUUUUAUUGCGAGUUAGGGACGAAAUCAAGAUGACACUGGCUGCAUAUCAGACAUUGUACGAAAGUAGUAUUGCUUUUGGGAUGCGUAAAGCACUCCAAGCUGAGCAAGGUAAGGAAGAUUUGAUUAGCACGGCGGAGGAGUUACAAUUACAGAAAGUCGAAUUAGAAAAAACAGUCGCGGAGUUGAGGCUCAAAUUCGAUCAAGCUGAGAGAAGGUCAGCUGAAUUGAGAGAAGCAGAAGAAAAGAAGCACAUGGAAGAAGUGCAAUUUCUUAAGAAAACAAACUUACAGUUAAAGACUCAAUUGGAAGGUAUCAUAGCGCCAAAAAAAUAGACGACCGAAGUGUAAAAAUCAAUGUGAUUAAUAAAAAUUUGCACGAUAAUUUAUAAUUUUUCUAUGAGUACCGCGUUCGUACAUAGGUUACUAAUAGUUAACAGAUCUUAGUUGUAAUUACUCAAGUAGAAUUAGAAAAAAUACAUAAAAAUUCAAUAAAUGUACACUCUACGAAUAAAUUUAUAUGGAUUUAUUGCAGAAAUAGUUGCAAACA